AUGUCGUCGUCAAAUAAACCUCAGAAGUCAAUGAAACAAGAUUACAUUGCUAAAGUUCGUUAUACAAAUAACUUACCACCUCCACCAUUGAAUCCAAAAUUUAUUGCAUAUAAUACCACUGACCCAAUAUCAACAAAACAGGAAGGUGAAUAUUUAAUGGCAUCAUUAUUUCGUAAAGAAAAUUUUCAAAACUUAAUGGAAAGGAUAGAUGAUCAACUUGGAUUAAAUUUAAAUUUAAUAAAUAACCAUGGAUUUUUAUCUGAAGAAAAAAUCGAAGCGAUUGGAAAAUUAAAAUAUGAUCAAUUACAUCCAAAGGAUCGUAUACUAUUAAGAGAUGCAGGUAUUGGAAGAAUUUCUAAAAACGAACCUGGAGUUUCAUUUUUAAGAAGAACUGAAUAUAUUUCUGAACGUCCAUUAUCUAAAGGAUCAAGUGGGUUAAGUACUGCUAAUGAAGAAGUUAAAAAUAAAGAAAGAUUAUCAAAAGAUGAACAUUUUGAUGCAUCAUCUCAAUUACUUAAAGUUGAAGAAGGUUUCACUGUUGCUAAUGAAUCCUUAAAUGAUUUAAGUAAAUUGAAACAUCCAAGAAAGAGACAUUUGAAAGCAGUUGGUGCUUGGCCAUUAUUACCAGAUACUUCGAUGAUGGAUAAUAAAUUUUUCAAUUUAAAAUUCAUUGGAAGUGCAUCUAUUGAAAGAGAAUUAAAACAACAACAAGAUAGAAAUAAAUCUAAUAAAGAAAUAAUUAAUAAAGCUUUAGAAAGUUCACUUUUCAGACCAAUUAAAUCCGAUGAUGGUGAAUGGGUUUCAAUGUUUAAAAUUGAAGAUGAAGAACAAAUUAAGAACUUGUAUGAAAAAUUACAUUCUACUAAAAGAGAACAACCUAUAAAUUUAUUAGAUGAAGAAGAAGAAGUUAUUGAAGAAUUUAAAUUUAAAUAUAAGAAAAACUAUGACAUGAGUUUCCAAGAAUUUAAACAAGAGAAUGAAGAAUUGGCAAUUAAAUUUGUUCCUGUUGAUGAGGAUAAUUCAGAACAAUUGAAUGGUAAAUCCAUUAAAAAGAGAAAAAUUGCAUAUUAUUAUCCAAUUAAUGGUAAGAUUGAUUUGAAGAAACACAGAGCUUCAACUAAUUCCGAAAUUAAUAAAUAUAUUAAAGAACAAACAUUUGAUGGAAUAAAUUUCAAAUUAAGAGAACCAACAACAAAUGAAUUGAAGAAAAUGGAUACAAUCAGAUCUGAAUAUGAUCCUAUGGAAUAUGAAGGAGAAGAUGAAGAAGAAGAAGACGACGAUGAUGACGAUGAUGAACACGGGGAAGACAACCAAGAACCUUCUCAGUUACAUACACAAGCUGUUACAGAUGAAAAAGAAAGUAGUGUUGAAAAUGGUGACAACCAUGAAUAA